UGCAGCGGAACUAAUAAAAACAAAGACGUAGAUAGACUUUCAUCAGUGCACGAAGAUGUUCGGAUUGGUUUGGUGGUGGACAUGGGUUCCAUGGAAGGCAAGUUUGUGAAAAGUUCGAUUUCCAUGGCGCUUUCUGAUUUCUAUAAUGUCAACAAUGGCUACAGAACAAGAGUCUCUGUCUUAUCCAGAGACUCUCAUGGUGACCCUCUCCAAGCUCUCGCUGCAGCCAUGGACCUCCUGCAAACUGAACAAGUGGAAGCACUUGUUGGUGGACAAUCGUUGUUUGAAGCAAAAAUUUUGGCAGAGCUUGGGGAGAAAACUAAAGUUCCAGUAUUUUCUUCUUUCCAAGUUCCUAGCUCGUUGAGCUUGACCAAAUAUAAUUACUUUAUUCAAGCUACGCAUGAUACAUCCUCUGAGGCAAAGGGAAUCGCAGCUCUAUUCAGCAAUUUUGAUUGGAGAACCGCUGUUCUUAUCUACGAGGAUUAUGAUGACUGGAGAGAGAGUAUACAACCUUUGGUUGGACAUUUCCAACAGAACGCCAUUCACAUUGAGUACAAGGAGGAAUUUUCGGUCUCAUCUAAUGAGGAAUGUAUCAUGAAACAGCUAAGAAAGUUAAAGGCCUCUGGGAUAAGGAUUUUUGUUGCGCACAUUUCUGAACAAAUUGCAAAUCGUCUCUUUCCAUGUGCUCGGAGGUUAGGAAUGAUGGAGGAAGGACAUGUUUGGAUCCUCACAGCGAGAAGCAUGAAUAAUUUUCAAGACACAAACUAUUUAGCAAAGGAGGCAAUGGAAGGUGUGAUUGGUUUCAAGUCUUAUAUUCCAUUGACUGAGGAGCUUCACAACUUUACUUUGAGAUGGAAGAGAUCUUUGCGACUCGAAGAAGUAGUUACAGGGAUGAGCGUUUGUAGCACAUGGGCUCACGAUAUAGCUUGGAGUCUUGCAAGAGCAGCAGAAGGUGCAAAGUUACCAGGUUUGCCAGUAUAUAACCUGCUUGAGGCAAUUACAGAGGGUGCUAAGCAUAAAGGUUUGAGUGGUGACAUCAAAUUCAUCGAUAAGAAGUUUAUCUCAGACAAGUUUGAGAUUGUGAAUAUGAUAGGGAGAGGUGAGAGAAGUGUAGGACUUUGGAAUUCUGGUAGUUUCAUCAGCAAUAGAAGAAGACGUUUGUCUUCUACCAAUGCACUUGAGACAAUCAUCUGGCCUGGAGGGUCUACAAGAAUUCCAAAAAUCCGUUCGUUGAAAGAGAAGAGGCAUGGUGAAAAGAAGAAGCUGAGAGUUUUAGUACCAGCUGGCAACAUAAUUCCGCAAAUACUGGAAGUGAAAACAGAUUUUAAAACUGGAGUCACGGCUGCUACAGGUUACUGUAUUGACGUUUUUGAGACAUCAAUCCUACCUUUCAAUUAUGAAGUGGAGUACAUACCUUGGCCUGGUGCAAUUAACUACAACAACUACAACGAUCUUGUGUACACACUGUAUAGCCAGAAAGACAAGUACGAUGCAGCUGUUGGGGAUAUCACGAUUACUGAUAACAGAUCUUUAUAUGUCGAUUUUACGUUACCUUUCACUGAUAUGGGUCUCGCAGUUGUGACUGCCAAAGACAAAAGCAUGUGGAUUAUCUUUAAGCCUUUGACACUUAGUCUUUGGCUAACAAUCGCAACUUUCUUUAUCUUGACGGGGGCUAUAGUUUGGUUGAUAGAGCGGCAUGACAACGCUGACUUCCAAGGCUCUUGUUUCCAACAGAUUGGAACAUUGCUAUGUUUUGGGUUCUCGACCCUUGUCUUUGCCCAUCGGGAGAGGCUACAACAUAAUAUGUCAAGAUUUGUAGUUAUUGUUUGGAUAUUUGCAGUGCUUAUAUUGACUUCAAAUUACACUGCAACGUUGACAUCAGUGAUGACGGUUCAACAGAUACGAGGGUUGAAAUCAAACGAAAACAUUGGCUUCUUUUCUGCCUCUAUAGCAGCAAAUGUGGUUAAUGAGAAUCCUACGUUCCAAGGACCUAGAUACAAGGGAUUAAAGACAGCUGACGAUUUUACAAAUGCUUUAAGGAAUGGAACUAUCUCGUUCAUCGUCGAUGAAGUUCCAUAUGUAAAGCUCUUUGUUGCAAAACACCCUUCAGAAUUCGAAAUUGUCAAAACCGAAAGCGUCACCAACGGCUUUGGAUUUGCUUUCCAGAAAGGUUCUCCUUUGGUUCAGAAGGUGACAAGAGAAAUCGCAAAGCUAAGAAGAACAGAGAAGCUAAAAGCCAUAGAGAAUUGGUGGUUCCAGAGACAAACGACGUCAACCACAAGCGAGGAUACGUUCCAUCCUCUCACAGUUUGCGGUUUGUUUAUGAUCACAGGAGUUUCUUUUGCGUUUGCUCUCAUCGUCUAUCUAAUCGUCUAUCUAAUCCCCUGUAACCGAGACCAAAGGCAAGUUUUGCUUAAACAUUUUCACCGUUAUGUUAGAAUUCGUCCUUCACCCACCACACCAAACAGGCAAAAUGAGAAUGCAGUCAUCUGAAGCUUGACAUCUUCGUAUCAACCUCGGAAAGGCAAUUCUCAUAUUUCUACGGCUUCUUCUUUUGUAUAUGUAUCAAAUCCAUCCAUAAAUG